AUGUCCCACGAAGGUGAAGAAGAUUUAUUAGAAUACUCUGAUAACGAACAAGAAAUCCAAGUUGAUGCCAACAAUGCUGCAGAAAGUGGUGAAGGGUCUGCUGCUGUUGGCACUACUGGGGAAGAACAAACUUCUAGUACAAAUGAAGCUGAUAAGAAAGGUUCAUAUGUAGGUAUCCACUCAACUGGUUUCAAGGAUUUUUUAUUAAAGCCUGAAUUAUCUAGAGCUAUUAUUGACUGUGGUUUCGAGCAUCCAUCUGAAGUCCAACAACAUACCAUUCCACAAUCUAUCCAUGGUACUGACGUCUUGUGUCAAGCCAAAUCUGGUUUGGGUAAGACUGCAGUUUUUGUUUUAUCUACCUUACAACAAUUAGACCCAGUUCCAGGUGAAGUAUCUGUAGUUGUCAUUUGUAAUGCUAGAGAGUUGGCAUAUCAAAUUCGUAAUGAAUACUUGAGAUUUUCUAAAUAUAUGCCAGAUGUUAAGACAGCUGUUUUUUACGGUGGUACUCCAAUUAGUAAAGAUGCCGAAUUAUUAAAGAAUAAGGAUACCGCUCCACACAUCGUUGUUGCUACUCCAGGUCGUUUAAAGGCCCUUGUUAGAGACAAAUAUAUAGAUUUAUCUCAUGUUAAAAACUUCGUUAUUGAUGAAUGUGAUAAAGUCCUUGAAGAAUUGGAUAUGAGAAGAGAUGUUCAGGAUAUUUUUAGAGCCACACCAAGAGAUAAGCAAGUUAUGAUGUUCUCUGCCACUUUAUCUCAAGAGAUUAGGCCAAUCUGUAGACGUUUCUUACAAAAUCCGUUGGAAAUCUUUGUUGAUGAUGAAGCUAAAUUGACUUUACAUGGUUUACAACAAUAUUAUAUAAAAUUAGAAGAGCGUGAAAAGAAUCGUAAAUUGGCUCAAUUAUUAGAUGACUUAGAAUUUAACCAAGUUAUUAUUUUUGUUAAAUCUACUGCUAGAGCUAAUGAAUUGACUAAAUUAUUAAAUGCUUCCAACUUCCCAGCUAUCACUGUCCAUGGUCAUAUGAAACAAGAAGAACGUAUUGCCCGUUAUAAAGCUUUCAAGGAUUUUGAGAAACGUAUUUGUGUUUCUACCGAUGUCUUUGGUAGGGGUAUCGACAUUGAACGUAUUAAUUUGGCAAUUAACUAUGAUUUAACCACUGAAGCUGAUCAAUAUUUACAUCGUGUUGGUAGAGCUGGUAGAUUCGGUACUAAAGGUUUAGCCAUUUCAUUUGUUUCUUCUCCAGCUGAUGAAGAAGUUUUGAGUAAAAUUCAAGAACGUUUUGAUGUUAAGAUUUCUGAAUUCCCGGAGGAGGGUAUUGACCCAUCUACAUACUUGAACAACUAA